AGUUGUAAUAGCUGUGUUGGAGUUGAUUGUUGACUGGAUAUCUGCGAAUUUUGUGUGUUUAUGUGGCCAACGUUUGGGAAUAAGUAUGGAUCUCCUACAUAUUAUGAAAUUUGGAUAUGCAGUAGUAAUUGGUAGCAUAAUUAUUAUGAUAUGGAUUUCAAUGAUAGAGUCCAAACAAGUGGAAUUAGUUAACUAUCCUCCUUGCUUCUUUAAUCCGCUUUGCAGUUGUUCCAAGUCAGUGCCAGACUUGGGAAUUGUACGAUGCCAAGAUGUUCAUCUGCCAAGAAUACCGGAAACUGUCAACACAUCUAAAGUGUUUAUGUUGCAUAUGGAAAAUAAUGAGAUGAGAAGUUUGGAACCUUACUUUCUACAAAGUACAGGAUUAUAUAAAAUAAUUAUCAGCGAAAAUCCCCUUUCUGCGAUAACGGAUGAAGCUUUCAUUGGUUUAGAGAGAUCACUCUGGGAAUUAGAAAUUAGCCACUGUGCCUUAACAAUUGUUCCAAACAGAGCGAUUCGAUAUUUACAAAAACUUAGGAGAUUAGACUUAACUGGAAACGAUAUCAAUAAAAUAUCUCCAGAAAAUUGGAGGGGCAUCGAGCAUUCUUUAGAAGUUCUAGUACUAGCAGAUAACGACAUCAACCACAUACCUAUAGAUACUUUUUCGGGACUGCCAAAUUUGGACACAAUAGACUUAAGAGGCAACAAUCUGAGGGAAAUCGAUCCUUCUGUCUUUAGAGACGGUCUAGGAAGACUAGCUUAUUUGAUUCUCGCUGAUAAUCAACUUAGUUCUAUACCGUACCAAGCUCUUCAGCCUUUGAGACUUUUAAAAACACUGGAUUUAAGCUUUAAUAGAAUCAAUAAAAUGGAGCCUGCAACAGAACCUGGUGUGCAGAUUAAUCUGAACUAUCAGUUAAAUUUGGACACUUUUAGGCUAGAUUACAACCAAAUUUCAAUUCUGGAACCAAUGUCAUUUCAGUACUUCAAUGUAUUGAAUAGAACUUAUUUGGAUGGAAAUCCUAUAAUCAAUUUAGAAGAAAAUGCAUUUCGACAAGCAAAAAUCAAAGAACUAUAUUUGCGGAGCUGUGGCCUGACACAAAUUAACCCAGCGGCAUUUGAAGGUUUAGAGAAAUACCUAGAAAUUUUAGAUCUUUCAGGCAACAACAUUUCUCUUUUGCCAGAAGCUGUUUUUCAUCCAUUCCAAUUGUUAAGGUCUCUGUCGUUAAGGGAUAAUACUUUGCAAAAAUUAAAUGCUAUUGAAGAUUUUAAUGGAUUUCAGUUUACUUUGUACAACUUGGAUUUAAGCGGCAAUGAUAAUGUUCCGAUCUCUCUUCAAGAUCUCAGAAGAUUGCGUAGCCUAAGGAGUUUGUCGAUAUCAAGACUAACACAGCCAACUUUAUCCGCUGACAACUUUUUGGAAUUUGGAAUUGACUUGGAAGAACUAAAAAUUAACUUUGCCAAUCUUCAAACUAUUAAAAAUAAUGCUUUUCAACACGUGCAUGGCUUAAAAUCUAUAGAUUUAUCUGAAAAUGCUAUUGGAACAAUUGAAAAUAAUGCUUUUACUGAUAUUGAUCACUCUCUGACCCAUUUGAAAAUAUCUCACGGUCUUUCUUCAUCGUUAACUAAUAUGCCAACGGAUGCAAUUAAAGUCCUCACGAAUUUAAAGGAACUCGAUUUGAGUAACAACAAGCUUAAAAUGAUGCCAGAUACAUCCUUCCACUCUUUGCGCCAAUUACAAAAGUUGGAGCUUCAAGAUAAUACUAUCGAAGUUAUUCACAAAGGAACUUUUCAGGGAGAUAUUCACGAAGAACUAGAAGAAAUAUAUUUAUCGUUCAAUUCCCUAAAGACUAUCAGUCAACACACCUUCGUCCACUUACCAAAACUUGAGCAACUGCUCUUAGAUGACAACAAAAUAGAAUCUUUGGAAAGAAGAGCAUUUAUGAACUUAGAAAAUAUCAAACGACUCAACCUGAAAGGCAACAAAAUAUCAUCGAUUUCUUUCGAAACGUUUCAAAAUCUGCCAGAACUGGAGGAUCUAGAUAUGUCUUAUAACAAAAUAAAAACUUUUGAGUUUACGAUGUUCGAUCAAGUGGGAACAUUGUCGAUAUUUUGCGUGAAUGUUAGUCAUAACAGUUUAACUGAGUUAUUGGUUAAUAUACCAAGUACUUUCGAAGGUGCAGUCUGUUCUUUUUGUGAAGGCAUCGGAAGUGUUCAUUCCAACAUCAAGCGUUUGGAUUUGUCGUACAAUAACAUUUCUGCGAUUUCUAAACAAUUCUUCAGGCCCGUUGAAUUGUCAUUGACGCAUCUUUAUCUGUCACAUAAUAAACUUUUGAACGCCAGCAGGGAUGUGUUCGGAAGCUUGAGGCACUUACAAUGGCUCGAUAUCUCGCAUAAUGGAAUGUAUGAGAUGGAUUUUGACAUGUUUAGAAAUACGAAAAAACUACAGGUCCUACUAGCAUCGCACAACAAAAUUGCAGAUGUAGCAAAUGAUUUAUUCAGAUUCUUAAGCAACUUAAGAAUCGUAGAUUUGUCUCAUAAUCGACUACGAGCGCUGCCAGACAACCUAUUCCGCGAAGAAGGUCUCGAGAGGUUAGAUCUAUCACACAAUAUGCUAAGCAAACUGCCCUUAAACAGCAUGUCUGUUUCUACUGCCAUAACGGUAUGUGAACUUGAUCUGUCUUGGAAUAGUAUAUCUUCUCUAUCGCAUGGAGGCCUGCUGACUAGGUUUAGAAGUUUGAGUUUUUUGGAUUUAUCUUAUAACAGAUUAGCAUCAGUUGAUGCUGGUACGUUUAAAGGUUUACCUAAAUUGUCUGCUCUGGAUUUGAGCCAUAAUAGCCAAUUGGUGUUUGAACCAAAUGGAUUAAGCUUUCAAGGACUAGAGUAUACUCUGUACCAUCUUUUAUUAAACAACAUUUCUUUAUCACAGGUACCAACAUUACCAACACCGCAUUUAAUAUCACUAUCACUUUCUUAUAAUUCAUUGCCGACAGUUCCUCCAGAGAUGACAACUAAUUUGACGAAACUUCAGCGAUUGAACUUGGAUCACAAUGAUUUAACUACCAUUCCAAUAGUAACUCAUCAGCUUGAUGAGUUGAGAUAUUUCUCAAUCGCAGGAAACCCUGUAACUUUUCUAAGUAAUACAAGUUUGCUAGGCGUUGCUGAUCAUUUAGUCGAACUGGACAUAAAAAAUCUUGAACUUACUACAUUAGAGACAGGGGUAUUUUGUAAGAUGUAUUCACUGCGAACUUUGAAAAUGGACCAAUUUCCUAAUAUAAAAAAUUUAAAUAUUCCCAGUCUACUUCAGUUUAACACUGGAUUAAGAAAUCUUGAAAUUCAUAUUGAUGCACCCACUGAAGAUAAUUUAGAAAAACAAAUGACUGGAGAGUUGCCUUUAAAGUUAAGAAACAUAACAUUUACAGGGAAAGGCCUUAAGAAAUUAGGAAGCAAUGUAUUAAAUGGAAUUAGAAGUCCAGUAUUUCACUUUGGAGUGCAUAACACAAGCAUAAUGAAAAUAGCAGCCAACAUUUUUGAUGACCUUGAUAGGGUGAAGAACUUGACAGUUGAUGUAAGGAACAACCAAGUACUUCAAAAUCUACUGAACCCUUCACGAGGAAACAUACCUAAUCUUUAUGGAAAAACGUUUUUAAUUGAUUUGGAUAUCACUGGAAAUAAAUGGACAUGUGAUUGCGACCUAGGGUGGGUUGAAGUCUGGCUCCGAAAACGCCGGCAGUACCUAUGCGGAGACAGUCCUCCUGUCGCAGCGUCUUUUACUGACCCCAAGUACACUUGCAGACACGUCGAUGACGAUUUACGGACCGCUUUAUGCCAUAACAAGAACAAUCAAACUGUCAUUGAUGUGUUGAAAAGCGACAUUGAAUGCGGUUGGAGCUUUGCCCCACAUAUAUCCGAACUACCUGUCUUACUUUUGGUCUUUAUUGUUUCUACGUUACAGUUAAUUUAAACAUUGUUUAUUUUGUGAUAUAAUUAUUGUUUAACAUUUAAACCCAAUUUUAUGACUGACACCAAAAUAAUUACUUGUUUAUAUUUCAUUAACUAAACAUUAACUAACUUUCAUUUAAUGUCUAAGUAAAAUAAUAUACUAUUAUUUAUUUCAGUAUUCUAUUUAUACUAAAAAACAGAAUUUCACCCAUAAAAGUUGUAGAGUUUAAAUGGACACAUAAGUACUUCAUUUAACGCGCUAAGUAAUUCAGAAACUAAGUAUUUAUUUUAUAUAAUUUUAUUUAACAUGUAAGAAUUUCCAAAUUAGUUACUUAUAUUAUAAUAGUCCACAAAUAACAGUUAAAUUGUAGGCUAUGUUCAUAUUUUUUUUACAAUUGACCUUUUUUUCUCCUUUUUGGCUACGGUUAUGUUCGUUUUGUUUAUUUUGUAUUUGUACGAAGUUUUCUUUCUAUAAUUUCAACUAUAAAAAUACAAAUAUUUCUAUCAGCAUCACGCAUUGAAAAUAUUUAAACUAUACGUUGCUAAUAAUAUGCAUUUUAUCAAGACUUGUCGCUUUGACAUUUUUUGAUAAUCGUAUGGCUUGUGUUACCUGAGAAUGUGAUUACGGGUCCGUCGCAGUUAGUAAUAUCCGGAGGUGAACUAAUCGAAUAGGUUCGUAAUGUAAUUUUCUCAUUUUUUAAGUUUGUCCUCUACUUCAAAUAUUAAUUUACCAUGUUCAUCAUGUAGCAGUGCAGUUUGUCUCUUAUUGAAUAUACCAGCCGUUUCUUUCACUUUUUUAUACAUUAUGUAUCCAUUUUUUAGUUCUUCAAUUUCAUACACUGUUUGGCUAGAUGUGGACCUUUUGCUCCGUGUAUUUUAUGUCGAAUUUCCUAUUGUACACUUUUAUAAAAUUUUUCUUUGUUUUUUGCUAGUCGCAGUUGCUCAAAUAAAUCCAAUUAUGUUUGAGCUGCCUUUUAAAUCCCUUUUACAAAUUUUCCUUAACUGUUGUUAUAAUUUUUGCAUAUUAACGACCUCAGAGGCCAUGCCGUCUCGAGAUGGUCUUCUCCUACCGGAUCUUGGGUUCCAAAAUCCAUGAUCAUUAAUGUUUUGACAGAAAUUAUUUAAAGCCAUGAUAGUUAAAACUAGGAAUCCCAACAGGCCUUUACUGCAGUAGUUUUUCUUUGCUUUCUUCAUCCUUAUGCAGUUGACUUAUUUAUAGUUCAUCCUCCUUAGGAACCGAUUUUUCAAUUUCAGGACAAAAACAAACAACCAUUUUCUACCACUUACCAACUUAUCCGCCCGUAUUCGUUUGGCAGCAAGUGGGACCGGUAAAUUUCUGGCUGUUGUUUUCACUUUUCUGGUGUUAAAGUACAAAUAUAUUGUGAACACAAGAUUUGUCAGAACGGAAUUUACUCUGAUUUUCUACUUCUUUCUUAUAUUUCUUCGUAUUUCUUCUUAUUCUUCCAUCUUGUAUGUAGGCUUUAAAGCAACUUUCUGGAUAUUGUGUUUGUAGUUAUAUUCAAUAGGCUUUCUUCUUGGUAUUUACCAACUCUCUUAUUUCUUGUGACCGCCACAUGGAUCUUGGUUUUGCUAAUUUUCCAUAUAUGCUAUGGUUUUUUGCUGCAUUAUGUACACAAUCUAUUAUUUAUCCCAUUUUCAAAUCCUAUAAUGUAUCACACCUAUAGGUAUAUUCAUGUCUGAAGAAAGUAUAUUAAAGGCUUUUUAUUACAGUCCAAUCAGUUAAAAUAACACAAAGCAGAUUUUCCAGUCCACUCUAGCUUCAUGAAAAGUGUUAUAUUUUGAACAAUAAGUACUAAAUUUCUAGAAAACAGUAUUUGUCGUGUUUGCAGAAGUAGCAAGCGUGCUAAACAAUAUUUUCAAUAAGUCAAGCUAGGUAUCUGCCAUCGUUAAAAUAUAUGAUAUUCAAUACUGCCUUUGUAAAUAUCUGCCACAUGAAGACUAUUUAUUUCUAACGUUAAGUGUUACAAAACAAACAAAAAAUAACAAGUAGUUUAAAUUAGUAUUUUUAUAUUACUAUUUAUCUUUCACACAAUCAUAAAUCAAAACAACAUAACUUUCUGAUACACAUAAUUCAAGGAGGUAGAUUCCUGUAAUUUAAAUUAUCUUCCGAAAUGUCACCAUAGAUGUCGUUAAAUUACAUGUUUUAUUUACAAUAUUACAAUAACCAAUGUACAUUUUUAAAUUAAUACAAACAAUACAUAAAAAGCAUUUUCAUUAAUAUCCUAUAACCUACUAAAACAUUAAUUUAGUCCUUUU